AUGACGAGCGAGACUGCGACAUCUCCGGCGAUUCGGCCACCGCAGGAACAUCACUCCGACCAUCAGCCACUGCCGCACAUUCUGGUUUUACCGCUCUCUCCGCCACGACUUACGGUGGAGGAUAUUUUGAACAGCAAUGGAAUAUUAACAGACCAACCGAUUGAUGAAAUCGAAGAACCAUCUCAUUACAAAUAUCUCGAUACGAAAGAGUAUGCAUAUAAGUAUCGAAGAUACGAAUCUGAGUUUAAGCAGUUUCUUAUGGCAAAGUAUUUCUCUGGGAAAGAUCCUAAUGGAGUGGAUAUAUUUGAAGAUAACACAAUAAUAGAUGGUGAAACCAUUAUGUCAAGCAAGUAA